AACUUCCAUUCACACCACUAAUUUCACUGAGAAUCUUAGCCGUUAAGUUUAUUUACACACUCCACAUACCUUUUUCUUACUUUCCUUUUAUAUCUUUUUUCAACCAUAGUUUUCUUAAAAGUUAUAUUUUCAGCAUUAUCUCUAAAAAUCCAUACUUUCUAAGUGUUGAUGAUUAAGGUUGAUUUGGGGAUCAAUGAGUGAGAUGAGAUCUACUUCACUGUUCAAGAUAAUGAAAUUGAAAAUCCAUAUACAAGUUCUUUUUGGAUUGAUGUUGAUCUGUAUAGUACAGUUUUCACUUGCUGCUACUAAUCCCUCUGAUGUUGCUGCAAUUAAUAGAUUAUAUGCUGCAUUGGGCAAUCCUGUUCUUCCUGGGUGGGUUGCUAGUGCGGGAGAUCCGUGCGGAGAAGCGUGGCAAGGCGUUCAAUGUAAUGAUUCACUCAUACAAGAAAUAACUCUGAUUGGUGCAAAUUUGGGAGGAGAACUUGGCGAUAGCUUGGGAACAUUUGUUUCUAUCAAAUCAAUAUCUCUAAGCAACAACCACAUCGGAGGAAUUAUUCCAACAAGUUUGCCAGCUACCUUGCAAACGCUUUUUCUUUCGGGUAACCAGUUAACCGGAAGUAUUCCACCCACUUUAUCCACAUUGACAGAACUUACUGCGUUGUCUCUUAAUGAUAAUCAGUUGACUGGGGAAAUACCAGAUGCCUUUCAGUCUCUUACGCGAUUGACCAAUCUAGAUUUAUCUCAUAAUAAUUUGAGUGGAGAAUUGCCUCCAUCUGCAGAGAAUUUAUCAGCUGUGACGACUUUAAAUUUACAGAACAACAGCCUGUCUGGGACACUCGAUGUUUUACAAGACCUUCCACUGACAGAUUUGAAUGUUGAGAACAACCAGUUUUCUGGAGCAAUACCUCCAAAGUUGUUAAGCAUCACCAACUUCAGAAAAGAUGGAAACCAAUUUGACCUUACUGGUAAUGAUACUAUAGCUCCAUCUCGUCCACCUCAUUCUCCAGUUACAGCAUCGCCAUCAGGAACUGUGGUUCCUGGGACGCCAUCUUCUGGACGUGUACCUAGUGGACGUGUACCUACUACUACUAAACCGGCUGAUGGACCAACUGCAUCAAAAGAAUCAAGUUCCGGGAAAUCGAAAAAAAACACCAAAAGAGUGAUAUGGAUAACUAUUUCUGGUGUAUUGGGGUUUAUAAUUUUGGCACUGGCACUUGUUCUCUUUCUUCCAAGAUGUUGCAAAAGGGAACGAGGCGAAAGAACCUCCAAGCAACAUCAGAUUGGAGCAUAUGGAGGCGAAAGAACGAAUCCUUGGAAUAAUGGGGCACUAGUCCAACCACCUAGUCAAACUGAGAAAGGACCAAAAGUGGCUGUUGCAAGGCCAAAAGAGAAUCCUCGAGUAGUGCAAGAUGAACCAAAAAUGGAAACACUGCCGAAGCUAUUAAGUCACAAUAUAGAUAUGAGUGCACUAGAUGUAGAUUCAAUGCCACCUUCACCCCCACGUCCUCCUCCACCUCCACCUCCUGCUCCACCACUUGCCGCUGAGAAGGUGAUUGUCGAGCCAACCACUUCCGCUGGAGGGGCUAACAUCAAUCCUUCCAAAAGAAGUGUUUUUCCGCCCACCUUUGCAAAAUCUUUCACCAUUGCAUCCCUUCAACAGUAUACAAAUAGCUUUUCUCAAGACAAUCUUAUAGGAUUAGGCAUGUUGGGGAGUGUAUAUAGAGCGGAGCUUCCUAAUGGGAAGAUACUUGCUGUGAAGAAACUAGACAAGAGAGUUUCCGAUCACCAAGAAGAUGAUGAGUUUCUUGAAUUGGUAAACAAUAUUGACAGACUUCGGCAUGCAAAUAUUGUCGAGCUUAUCGGUUACUGCAUAGAGCAUGGCCAAAGGCUUCUGAUCUAUGAAUACUGCAGUAAUGGGUCGAUGUACGAAGCACUUCAUUCAGAUGAUGAAUUCAAAACAACACUGUCUUGGAAUGCUCGCAUUCGGAUAGCACUUGGAGCAGCCAGAGCCUUAGAGUACUUGCAUGAGCAAUGUCAGCCACCUGUUAUACACAGAAAUUUCAAGUCUGCUAACAUUCUCCUCGAUGAAGAUCUAUCCGUGCGUGUAUCUGAUUGUGGUUUGGCUCCAUUAAUAACUAAAGGCUCUGUACGUCAGCUCUCAGGGCAGCUGCUAGCAGCUUAUGGAUACGGGGCUCCAGAAUUUGAGUCAGGAAUUUAUACUUACCAGAGUGAUGUGUACAGCUUUGGAGUGGUUAUGUUAGAACUUUUGACCGGUCGUCAGUCCUAUGACAGGAAACGCCCUCGAGGUGAGCAGUUUCUUGUAAGAUGGGCAAUUACUCAACUUCAUGAUAUUGAUGCAUUAUCAAGGAUGGUUGAUCCUUCUCUAAAUGGAGCUUACCCUGCCAAAUCUUUGUCAAAUUUCGCAGACAUUAUUUCUAGAUGUGUUCAGUCGGAGCCGGAAUUUAGGCCAGCAAUGUCCGAGGUUGUCUUGUACUUGCUAAAUAUGAUAAGGAGGGAUUCUCAACAAAAUGAAUCAAAUGAAAGAUGAUAAUGAUAUUUGGAUAUAUGAAUGAAUUGCAAGAAGAAUUUACCUCAGCUAUUGAAGACAUGCAUUUCAUCACAUCCUAAGGAGGGUUUGUGAUGAAAUACUAACCAUCCAAUAUUCACAUGCCAAGCUAUGCAUUAUGCAAGGUGCUUUAUCCAAUCAGCUUCAGAGAAUUAUUAUAGGCACCAAUACCCUUGUAUUUAUUUUAUAUAUAAAUAAAUAUUUAUUUUAUAAUUUAAUGUGUGAUAAUUUUCAUGGUUGAUUAAUUAAACCAUGCCACGUUAUCCUGGUAAUUGACCCAUUCAAUUUGAUGAUUGUUCCAUAAAGCUGAUGAUGGAAUAUGAUUCUGUAGCGUAUCUUAGUUAUUUUAAUUUAUUAUUAUGUCCAUUCUUUGUGAUGAAAUGAAAUUUUGAUAA